AUGCGCAGGCGCCUCGACUCGCGCUUCCUGCCCGCGUCUGCUGCUGCUCCUGCGGCAAGCUCUGAAACGGCAGCAUCCCCCCUCCCAGCCAACCGCGCUCUAGAUGAGAAGCUGGAGCUGGAGCAGGCUAAUGCACUGUACUCGCUGUUGGAGAAUCGAUAUAGCCGGAAGUAUCCGAUUACGGGGGCCUUGAUGAAGCCGAAGAGCAAUCCAAAUCAUUACACGAAUUUGAUCAAGGAGCUGGAGGAGGCGCCGAGGAGUGGGUGGAUGGAGAGGACGAUGAAAAGAUGGAAGGGCUUCUUGCGAUUCAAUGAUAAGAAGUAG